AUGGCCGCGUGGAGCGCCGGCGUUACCACCGAUUUGCUCGCCCGCGCGCUCUCGCCUGCUGCGGAGAAUGGCGCCUCGCGCUGCCUCGGUAUUGCCGAUCGUCGCUCGCCUCCCAGUUGCCGACCCAGUUCUACCUCGCCGCCCAUUCCCACUGCCGCUCUGUUUUCACCCGGCGCGCGCGAUUCCCUUAGCGUGUCCUGCCUCGUAUCGUUCCGCCCGCCACUCUCGCGCGUCCGUGCGAUCUCCGCCUCCGCCGCUUCCGCCAGCGAUACGGAUGGCCCAGAUCUCUCCCCACGACCGUCCCUCCCUGAUCCGACGCCGCGCGCCGUUCUAGAUUUUCCGCCGGCCGAGGGCUUCGGGGAGGAGCUGACGAAGCUUCUGACGAUGCUUCCGGAGAAGGUUCGAGACGUUCUGCAGCGGCAUCCGGCCGUCCAUUCGCUGGUGGAGGUCGUUCUCGAUCUCGGCCGUCGGCCCGUCGCACGGUUCCCCGUGGGCGACGUUUUCGUGUGCGACGACGUGGUAACAGCGGGCGACAUUGAAUACUGCGUGUCACAGGUAACAUCCUUCAUUAUUUCCCUCUCCGCACUCUUCGCUUUCCCUCGCCAGCUCUCACACCGCAUGCUCAUUGCAAGCUCCCUCCGUGCAAGCGCCACUCACCUCGCCACCGCCCGCAUACGCCUUCUUCAGUGCGCGUCGUCACUCUCCAUCUCAUCCACUUCCUUUCCCGUUUCCCCUGCCUUCUCCCCUCGUCACCUCCUCCCCCCAUUCCCUCCCCCCCCUUCCCUCUCGCCGCCCUUCCGCUCCGCGCAGGUUGGGGAGUUCGGAGCGGACAACCGCGCGGGGAUAGACCGCACGCUGCACCGCAUCAGCGCCAUCCGCAACCGCGCGGGGAGGAUCAUCGGGCUGACGUGCCGCGUGGGGCGCGCGAUUUCGGGCAGCGCGGAGAUGGUGCGCGACCUGGUGGCGGGGGGGGAGUCCGUGCUGCUCAUGGGCGCGCCGGGCGUGGGGAAGACCACCGCUAUCAGGGAGGUGGCGCGAAUACUAGCGGACGAGUGCGCACGGAGGGUAGUGGUGGUGGAUACGAGCAACGAGAUCGCAGGCGAUGGGGACAUUGCCCAUGCCGCCAUUGGAUCAGCACGGCGCAUGCAAGUGCCGCAUGUGGAGCUGCAGCACCAGGUGAUGAUAGAGGCGGUGGAGAAUCACAUGCCACAGGUGGUGAUAAUCGAUGAGAUCGGGUCGGAGCUGGAGGCGGCAGCAGCGGCCACGAUAGCGCAGCGGGGCGUGCAGCUCAUUGCCACGGCUCAUGGUCGCUCUGUGGAGAACCUGGUCAAGAACCCGCACCUGCACACACUGGCAGGGGGCGUGCAGACAGUGACGCUGGGAGACGAGGAGGCGAGGAGGAGGGGAGUGCAGAAGAGUGUGAUGGAGAGGGGAGGCCCGCCCGUGUUCCAAGCGGCUGUGGAGAUGCACUCCCGGGGGCGAUGGUCUGUGCACCGCAACCUUGCUGCCACUGUGGAUGCGCUGCUCUCAGCCAUCUGUCUCACAACCCUCACUUUCGGCCUCCCUUCUCCCAUCCUCUCCUUCCCUCCCGUGUGCUCGCCACGCCACUGCCCCCAUGGUUUCCUCACAGGCAAGGCACCGCAGGUGGAGGUACGGGAGAUGGGGCAGCACGGGGAGGUGUGGGUGGAUGGCGAUGCUGUUAGCACCGGCAGAGGCGGCAGCAGCAGCAGUGGCGGUAUCCCUGUCGGUGGCCGCAGCAGCAACGGCGACAGCGGUAUCUCGCGAGCCGGUUCGUGGGACGAGCAGGGGUGGCAGAGUCUAGGAAGCGAGGGAGCAGUGGGAGCGAUGGGUGUGAGGGAGUGGGAUGCAGCGCAGCCCAGGGAGGGCGGUGGCAGGCAAAGAGAGAGAGGCAGUCCCGCACGGCCCUCCCAUGCACCAUCACCCUCUGCCUCUCCCUCCUCCUCUCCCUCUGCCUCUCCCUCCGCCACUCCCUUGGGCUUUGCUUCUAACGGUGGCAGCAGCGGGGAGAGCAGCGGCAGCGACACAGACACAUCAGCAGCAGCAGCAGCAGCAGCAGCAGCAGCAGCAGCAGCAGCAGCAGCAGCAGCAGCAGCAGCAGCAGCAGCAGCAGCAGCAGCAGCAGCAGCAGCAGCAGCAGCAGCAGCAGCAGCAGCAGCAGCAGCAGCAGCAGCAGCAGCAGCAGCAGCAGCAGCAGCAGCAGCAGCAGCAGCAGCAGCAGCAGCAGCAGCAGCAGCAGCAGCAGCAGCAGCAGCAGCAGCAGCAGCAGCAGCAGCAGCAGCAGCAGCAGCAGCAGCAGCAGCAGCAGCAGCAGCAGCAGCAGCAGCAGCAGCAGCAGCAGCAGCAGCAGCAGCAGCAGCAGCAGCAGCAGCAGCAGCAGCAGCAGCAGCAGCAGCAGCAGCAGCAGCAGCAGCAGCAGCAGCAGCAGCAGCAGCAGCAGCAGCAGCAGCAGCAGCAGCAGCAGCAGCAGCAGCAGCAGCAGCAGCAGCAGCAGCAGCAGCAGCAGCAGCAGCAGCAGCAGCAUCAGCAUCAGCAUCAGCAUCAGCAUCAGCAUCAGCAUCAGCAGCAGCAUCAGCAUCCAGCAUCAGCAUCAGCGCAUCAGCAUCAGCAUCAGCCGUUCUCCCAGGCCACUCGUUCCGACAUCUCAACCCUGCUCUUCCUCUACCAGAUGUGCCGUGGGCGGAUGCUGGACGCCUGUGCUGUUUGCGUGUGAGAGCACUCAAACUCUGCCAGGUAUCGGAGGAGCACGUGGAGCAGGUGGUGGAGGUGAUGGGGUUGGCACCACUCAUCUCCCUCACCACGGACAUUGCAGCAGCAGACGCCGUGCUGGCACUGCGCUCCAAGCUCAAGGGCAACGCGUGGCUGCGCGGGGUCGCCAAGUUCCGCCACCUCCCCAUCUACGCUGUCAAGGCCAACACGGCGUCUCAGGUGGUGCGGGCUCUUCGUGCCAUCCUCAACCUCCCCACUCUCACCUCUCCGCCUCCCUCCUCCUCCUCCUCCUCCUCCUCCUCCUCCUCUGCCUCAUACGCCGCCUCUCCGCCUCACUCUUCCCCUUCUGCUACUCUUUCUCGCAACGCGCCCCUUCCUGAUGUUGCUAUAGCGUCAUCCACACCGCCCAACCAACUCUCAACCUUGCAAGAUGAGAGCAGCAAGGGUGGCGGUAGCAGCAGCAUCGGCAUUCGCAGCAGCAGCAGCGGCAGUUGGGUGGGUGGGGCUGGAGAGGACGAGGAGGCAACAAGAGGGGCUGGCGGAGGUUCAUUGGAGGACGAGAUUGAUGCGCUGGAGGAGGCGCGCAUGGCAGCGGAGAGCAUGAUGGGGAGCGCAGCACAAGCAGUGGACCUGCUACCACGCGCCCCGCGCAUCCUCUCCCUGCAGCUGCAGCUGAUCAAUGACUACCCCCUCUCCUGGCAGUACACUGGCUCUCCCCCCACCCGCCGCAUCCGCAUCCUCCCCCUCCCUGCCUCUGCUCGCUCGGAGCUUGCUCCAGCUGUCAUUUGUCGAUCCAAUUCUCCUGUUGGUGCCAUUGGUAGCGUUGGCUCCGGUGUUACGAGUGGUGGAGAAAGAAUGGGAUGGCAGGGAGAACAGGAAGAUGUUGAAAUGGUGGAGGGUGGAGGUGGAGUGGUUGAGAGUGGUGGCUGUGUGGUGGAAAAUGCAGCGGCUGCUGGAUGGACUGUGGUUAGCUUGCCACGGAAAGUGGGCUGA